AAAUAGUAACAAUUAAAAAAAAAAAGAAAAAAGAUUGAACGAUCAGUCAAAACGAUAUCGAUUAUCGAUCGUAUUGCAUAAAAAAUUCAAAGUUAUUUUCAUUUUACCUUACAUUUUUUUCGGUUUUCGUAUACCUAUAAUAGUCGAGUUAUUCACAUGUUCGGUUUUGUUGACGUUAAUUGCAUGAAAAACACCAGUAAUCAUCUUGAUAAAAGUAAAGAGUCCAGCUGAAAGAUAAUUUCCAACACCAACUAAAUUGCUGUAAAAGUAAAGAAGGAGAGAAAAAGCGAAAACAGAUCGUGCACAUCCUACGAUUCAUCGACGUAAUAUAAAUCUAAUUAUAAUUAAUAACGAUAAUAAUUUUAAUAAUUAAUGCGAAUUGUAAAAUCGUAGAUCGAUACAACGUACGAUUAUACAUCUAUACUUAUAGGAAUUUUAAUUGUGCAGUUGAAAGACAAAUUGAAAUUCAGUCUUGUGCAGGGAUUAUAAAAAAUUUAAAAAAACCGUACAAAAACGAAGGAUUGAAAAAAAAAACAAAUUGAACAAAAUACGUACAAAAACCAAAAAAAUUGGCACAUCGAUCUUGGAAGUGAGCGCAGAACCCAACCCCUCCGUCGAACAGCAGAGCAGCGCAGCGUCAGCAGGAAGAAUUCGCCAAGGAACGAAAACAGAGUUAUUGAACGAAAAAUUAACGAAAAAAUCAUCAAACGUCAAAUUAACAGAAGCCAAAAAACAAAUUCCACUUGUUAAAAGGAGGGAAUUAUUUAUCUAGCUAGCUUUCCGCAGCCAGUUUUCAAAACCGCGCCGACAUCGUAGAAUGGUAGAAGGUGAACCCGACUCAAAGCACAAUAGUAAGUGUGAUGUAAAGGACGAUCGCCGUAACGGCUGUGGUUCAAAAGACCUAGAGCUCGCACAUUUAGGGACGAAGGGCAAGACCCUCGACCCCGAGAAAGGAUCAUUCGAAAAAACUGAUUUCGAAAAGGCAAUCGAACUUACCGGAUAUGGCAAGUUCCACUACUUGCUGCUCGCGGUAUGCGGGUUGGUCAGCACGAGCGAGGAGAUGGACGUAAUUUCCAUGUCCUUCAUUUUGCCGAGUGCACAAUGUGACCUAAACCUCAAUACUCAAACCAAGGGAUGGCUCAAUUCCAUCAUAUUCAUAGGGAUGAUGGCCGGGGCUUACGUCUGGGGUUCUGUGGCGGACACCCUGGGAAGACGCAAAGUCCUGAUCGUCAUUUCCUUUAUGAACGCUAUCUGCAUAGUCGCAUCCAGCUUUAGCCAGUCUUACGAAGUCUUCAUGGUCUUCAGAUUUCUAAAUGGCGCCGCCCUCGGCGGCAGCGGACCCGUCAUCUGGUCAUACUUUGCAGAAUUCCAGCCCAAGUCCAAAAGAGGUUCCAUGUUGUCUUUCAUGGCGGCAUUCUGGACUCUGGGAAAUCUUUUCGUUGCUGGAUUGGCGUGGGCUAUCAUCCCUCAUAAAAUUGGUUUUGCGAGCGAAUUGUUCACUUAUAACUCUUGGCGAAUCUUCCUGCUGAUAUGCGCUGUUCCGUCCUUCGUAGUGGCAGGGCUGCUUAUGCUCCUGCCAGAAUCCCCGAAAUACUUAUUAAGCCGUGGCCGACAACAAGAGGCCCUUGAGAUAUUCAGAAGAAUCUAUGCCAUCAACACCGGAAACGCCCGCGAGACGUACCAGGUCAAAGAGCUGAUAUUCGAUGACAUAAAACCACAGUCGCCGAAGUCCGACGGUGGACAGAAGAGUAAAUACGAGAUAAUAUUCGGCAAUAUUUUGGAGAAUAGCAAACAGUUGUUCGUCUCACCGAUUCUUCGUUUUACAACGAUAUCGAUCAUGAUCAAUUUCACUUUCCACAUCGGUUACUACGGUCUCAUGAUGUGGUUUCCCGAAUUGUUCAAUCGCUUUGACGAGUACAGUAAAGAUCACGUUGACGCACCAUCCGCCAACGUUUGCGAAGUGACACAAUACGUUUUGAGCCACGGAUCGCACAGCGAUACAAGCGUUUGCUCCAGUGACAUCGCACCAUCUGUUUUCUGGGAAUCUCUCAUCACCGUUGCGGCCGCCAUACCAGCUAAUAUUGUCGCCGUUCUCGGAAUGGAUCGACUUGGCCGCAAAUUCUUCCUCGUUUUCAGUACUUUCUCAUCCGGUCUUUGUUCAAUCGGUCUCAACUUUGUAUACAACAAGUUCCAUAAUCUGAUCGUCUCGGCAUUCUUCAGCGGUGUAAUCAGCUGUGGUAACGCAGCUCUUGAUUGCCUGAUAACCGAAGUAUUUCCCACGAAUCUCCGAGCUACCGGUGUCGCGAUUUCCAUGGUUGCCGCUCGUCUUGGUGGUAUCAUAGGAAACAUUGUUAUUGCUCAGUUGUUGGAUACGUAUUGUGGAUUACCCACCUACAUCGUUGCUGCUCUCCUCAUCGGAGGAGGUCUGAUGUGCUUAUUCUUACCAAAUACAACACGCGAACCAUUGUCUUGAUACCGACAUAAGAGUUCGUUUUAAUUAAGCGCCUUGUAUAGUCACAAUGCAUUUGUAUUAUUAGAAAACCAACAAACAAACAAACAGUCAUACAUUCAUUAUAAGAAAUAAACAGAGAAACAGAAAACAAAUAAAACAAACUUCCAUUUCGACGUAAAGGAAUCAUGAAUAUACCUACUUUGUGAAAGAAACAAUCUCAAUUUGACGAUCAAAAAACAAGACACAAACUAAUUCGCACAAAGUCAAUACACGCUCACAAAUAACUGAUAAUAGAGAUAUAUAUAUAUAAUAUACCAUGCAUAUAUAUCGGAUGUGUAGUAAAUGAACGGAUUAUGAGUAUAUAUAGAUUAAAAUGUAUACUUAUUAUGUAAUAAAUAAUAGUAUGAUAGUGAUGAAGAAAUAGAAGAGGAAGAAUAAAAAGAAUGAGAUUAGGAAGGAGCAAAAGUGAAUUGAAUAUGUAAUAAUGAACAAUCGUCGAUAACUACUACGCAUACGUAUACAGGAAAAAAAAAUGGACGAGCUGAUGAAAGAAAUUAUCGUAACAAUAUUGAUAACCUACUCGCCAAAAUAACAUUAGAAAUGGAAUAACGAAAACGCGAAAACAACAAAAAAAAAAAAAAAGAAAUUUUAUAAUUAUUGUUAUUAGGUUAUAGAGAAUUAAGAUAAAUACUUUUUUCGAAUGAAAUAAUAAUAAUCAUAAUGUUAUUACACGAUACAUACGUAUAAAUAUAUAGCAGGUAUAAUAGUCCUAUAAAAAAUGAAAGCAGGAGAAGAAAAUGGAAGAAAAAGAUUUUAAAAAAAAUUAUCUAUUUUAAUAAUACCUCGCGUAUGUUGAAAAUGAAGUUUUCCAUCGAUACGGGUAUAAUAAAAAGGAUAUAAAGAUAUAGAAAGAAAUAGAAAACGAAGCUAUUAUUUGUUAUUGUAUAUGAAAAAGUUUUAUCGAUUAUUAAGGAGAAAGGAACAGAAUAUGUACAUAUUCUGCACAUAUAUAUUUGUAUAUAUAUGUAUGUUCUGGAGAAGAAAAAGUUGUUUGUUUAUAUGUUACAUAAAUAUUUAAGCUGUUGAUGAAGAUAACCGCGAUUAGUUUUGAAAGAAGCUUGAAUUUUUCAAGAAAGAAAGCCCGAAGAAAUGUAUUAUACCUAAUUUGUACUCAUAUUUGCAUAUAGCUCAUUGUUAGAAUACUCAAAAAGUAAUAAAAAGUAAAAAAACAAAAAAA